AGCUCUUCCGGACCCUGUGUAGACAGAUGAUCUCAUUGUUGUGACCUACAAUAGCAAGAGUGCGCUAGUCAGUGUACGUCGGCGAAACCUAAGACUGAUGUUUAUGGUUUUUCGGGGGAAAAUGGAUUUAUCACUGUUGAUGUGUAACGGGAAAUCUGUCUUCAACCUAUCUAUAGGAGUCAAACGCUUGCUGCGGACUGAAUAAUAGUCUAGUCUGGGUUUCUCAUUUUGCAGCUGUUCGCCGGGAUGACAGCAGCAACCCUGCUCUGCAAGUCCAAGAAAUCUGUAAAGCCAAACGUCCGGUAGUCUGGAGUGCAGAAAGCAGCCUGAUUUUCGUCGUGUCAUCGAUGUGCUGACGUUUGUCUUAAGAUAGCCUUAACACAGACCUGUCCGUUCUUCGCCUAAUGGAGUAAUUUGAAGCCUGUGUUAUACUCAACAGCCACCGUCUCCCUUGCGUGUGAUGAUAGGAGACACAAUGACGCUGUUGUCUCUUUUGGGUCGCAUCAUGCGUUAUUUUUUACUCAGGCCAGAGACCUUGUUUCUGUUAUGCAUAAGCUUGGCACUGUGGAGUUAUUUUUUUCACACGGACGAGGUGAAGACCAUCGUCAAGUCCAGUCGGGAUGCCGUAAAAAUGGUUAAGGGUAAAGUGGCGGAGAUGAUGAUGCACGACAGACUUGGGGGUCUGGACGUCCUGGACGCGGAAUUCUCCAAGACGUGGGGCUUCAAAAACAGCAAUGUAGCAGUAUACUCUAUCCAGGGCCGGCGCGACCACAUGGAGGACCGCUUUGAGGUCCUGACGGAUCUUGUUAAUAGGAGUCACCCGUCAAUAUUUGCUAUUUUUGACGGACAUGGUGGUGAGGCAGCUGCUGACUAUGCGAAGGCACACUUGCCCGAGAGCCUCAGACAGCAACUGCAAUCCUACGAGCGUGAGAAGAAGGACGGCCUCUUCUCCUAUGCCUCCAUUCUGGAGCAGCGUAUUCUGGCCGUGGACCGCGACAUGGUGGAAAAGUUCUCUGCCUCACACGAGGAAGCAGGUACGACUUGUUUAGUGGCCCUGCUUUCUGAUCGUGAGCUGACUGUGGCCAACGUGGGCGACUCUCGUGGUGUCCUGUGCGACAAGGAUGGGAAUGCUGUGGCUUUGUCUCACGACCACAAGCCCUACCAGCUGAAAGAGCGCAAGAGGAUCAAGAGGGCAGGUGAGGGCCUCGGUGCUGCCCUCAUCUGGGUGCCUCUGGUAGUACAGCAUCCUUUCAGGUUCCCGUUACAAAGAGGGGGCUUCAUCAGUUUCAACGGCUCAUGGCGUGUUCAGGGCAUCCUGGCCAUGUCUCGCUCACUUGGUGACUACCCGCUGAAGAACCUCAAUGUGGUCAUCCCGGACCCAGACAUCCUGACCUUCGACCUGGACAAGCUGCAGCCCGAGUUCAUGAUCCUGGCUUCAGACGGCCUGUGGGAUGCCUUCAGCAAUGAGGAGGCAGUGCGAUUCGUGCGUGAGCGCCUAGAUGAGCCCCACUUCGGCGCCAAGAGCAUCGUCCUGCAGUCUUUCUACCGUGGCUGCCCCGACAACAUCACGGUCAUGGUUGUAAAGUUCAAGGGUGCCGCCGGCACCAAGGCUGGACAGUAGGACAUCUGGUUCAGAGUCCACUGCCUCACUCUUUCUGCUCAGAAGGAACACCUGGAACUUCAGAGGCCAACAGCACUUUUUUAAAAUACACACUUCUUCAUGUACGACAUGCUGACUAAUGUUGGUUUUUGCCAAAUAGUGCCAAAUGGAUACCCAAAUGGACACAAAAGCUUUUUUCCAUAAUGUAGCCCACUGGACUUUGACAUGAUACUUUACUUGAAUGCUUACUUGGAAGAGCAUAAUUAAGUGCAAAUUACUAAGGAAUUAAAAUGCUCUUAUUCUUUAAUGGGGAAAGUGUGAGGUAUGAAUAUCAACUGUUGCCUAAAUGUUCAAUAUGGAUCUGUAUUCAUUUCCAUUGAUACUGCUCACAAUCCCCCAUGUAAGGGUUAUUUAAUCCAUAUUAAUUAAAGGAAAUAACAACAAAAAAUGUUGCUCUGUAUAUCACACUUGUUGAUGGUGGUCAAAGGAGUCUAUAAACUGGCCUUGGCCAUAUUUAAUGAUAGUUCAAUUAGUCCCAUAAUGAACACAGAGCCCUUUUUGGGGGGGAAGUUUGUGUGCGUGUGUGCGUGCGUGCAUGCACACACAUAUGUGUGAUAGUUAAUGUUGCCUACAUGGAAGUGCAGAAAAUGAGAUUACCUAAAAGUGUAACUACUGCAGAACACUGGACUCCAGCAUUUUAUAGCUUGCUUUAAUUCUUUAUCUAAAACUUUAUUUUAGAAUUGCACUUUAUUAAGUUUAUUACAGCAAUAUAUACACUAAAAAUGUAAACUCCAGCCUUAUUGGCUAUUAAUCCCAAGAGAUAUUUCUUAAUACCCACUGUAAUUAAAUUGAACCUAAUACAAAAGGCAUGAAGUAAUGAGUGAGAACCAUUUGUUCUUAGAGUGUAGGACCAAUUGUGCAAAGUGCUGUAAAUCUCCUGUUACAAACUAGUGAAAAACAAAACAAAACAUAGGAUUAGCUCUACUUAUUAUAAAAGGGAGAAUUAUAAAUGCACAUAUAGUAUAUAAUACUGUGCUCAGUCCUGUAGUGACACUGCUGGAAAGCUUCCUUUGUUGCAGUAAAAUUGGCCUGUCAUUCAUAGUGACCACUGGAUUUUUUGUUGCUUAAUAUUUUUCACUCUUGUGGCUACUGCAUU